AUGAGUAAACGGGCUAAUUUACCAUAUACUACACAAGAUUUAUUUCCUCAAGUUGGUGGAUCAAAUUUAAUUCAUAAUGAAAAUUUAUCUCCACCGAAAACAAUUCGAACAAAUUCAGUAACUUCAAAUCUUUCAUCAAAUUUAUAUAUACCUAGAUCAACUUCAAAUUUCCAUUCAAAUAAUUCAACUUUUUCAUUCAAUUUGAAGAAUUAUAAAACUAUGUUUAAAAGGUUAUUAAAACCAAAUACUUUGGAUUUUGAAACUGCAAUUUGGGAAAUUUUUCAUUUAAUUAUAAACCCUAAAAAAAUGUAUAGAAGUCAUUAUUAUUACAAACAAUCUACAUCGUCUACAAAAUCAUCAUAUACAAGAGAUGAUCCAAGUUUUUUAAUAUUGUUAACUGGGUUUUUAUCAAUUAGUGCAAUCGCGUGGGGUUUAGCUUACCUGCCGACAAUUAUAGAUAUUUUGAAAUUGGUUAUUUAUAUGGUGUUUAUUGAUUUUUAUCUAACUGGAAUUAUAAUAAGUACAAUUACAUGGAUUGUAACUAAUAAAUUAUUCAAUUUGAAUAUAAAUAAAUAUAAUAUAAAUUAUAUAGAAUGGUCAUUUUGUUUUGACAUUCAUUGUAAUUCAUUUUUAAUAAUAUGGUGUUUAUUAUAUGUAUUACAAUUUUUACUAUUACCAAUUAUAAGAAUGAAAAAUAUAGUUGCUUUAAUUUUAGGUAACCUGUUAUAUUUUGGAAGUAUUGGUUAUUAUUUCAUUGUAACAUUUUAUGGUUUUAAUUCUUUACCAUUUAUAUCAUCAAAUAUAAAUAAUACCAAAUCAUCAUCAAAUAAAAAUCCAGCAAAAGUUUUACAAUUGGUUGUAAUUGCUGGUAUUUUACCUUUAUUAGCUAUUGGUUGGUUAAUUACAUUAAUUUUAAGAUGUAACGUUGCUGACAAAAUGGUAAGUACUUAUUUUAAUUAA